UUAACGAACGGCAAGCUUUGGUCUGGGUACCAACUUUAUGUUUUCUUUUCUCCUUUCAGAAAAACACUGCCUUCAUCCUAAGUAAUUUGUAUCUGUUUCAGACAAAGAGAAAAUCUCUAGUUUUGAACAAGGGUGUGAAAAGGAGAAAUAGAUGGAAAGAAAGGGCUUAGUUUUAUGCAGUGUUGUCGCCUUUCUGGGAGUAUUAUCAGCCGCUACUGGUUUUGCUGCUGAAGCUACUAGGAUCAAGGCUUCAGAAGUUAAGUUUGUAUCCACUACACAAUGUUCUUAUCCCCGGAGUCCUGCACUUGGUCUUGGCUUAACUGCUGCUGCCGCACUUCUGGUAGCUCAUAUAAUUAUUAAUAUUCCAACUGGGUGUAUUUGCUGCAAAAGAACCAGUCGAAGUUGGAACUCCUACUGGACAAAAGCUCUUGUCUUCUAUGUUAUUUCUUGGUUCACAUUUGUUAUAGCUUUCCUUCUCUUGCUAACUGGUUCUGCACUCAAUGAUCAACAUGGUGAAGAGAGUGUGUACUUUGGCAACUACUACUGCUACGUCGUGAAACCCGGAGUCUUUGCUGGGGGAGCUGUCUUAGCCAUUGCAAGUGUGGUUUUUGGGAUCUUCUAUUAUCUCACCUUAAACACAGCAAAGAACACAAGUGAUCCUUGGGGCAAUUCAGCUGUUCCGAAUCAAGGUGGCGGCAUAGCCAUGGGACAACCUCAGUUCCCAACCCAGACCUCUCAGGAUCCUGUUUUUGUACAUGAAGAUACUUAUAACAGGCGGCAGUUCACUUGAGAAUUGUAAAGACCUUGUUUUUGCUGCAUGCAUUGCUUGUAGCAAAUGAAAAUGAUUCCCCAACAUAAAUUUUACAGAACAAACUUUAAGCAGAACCGGUCCAAGCUUUUCAUGAAGAUUUGUCAGAUAGCGAAAUUCAUCUGGUUUUCGUAUUAUAAUCUUAAAUAUGUUGUAUUUAUAUUCUUCUUUUUUUAGUGUAUUUUACCGUAACAUCUUUCAA